AAGGUUUCGGGUGAUUCAUUCAACCAGCACGAGUAAUCCACGAUGUAUUGUCAGAGAUUAUGAUCUAGAUAUUUUUAGAUCACUUUUCUGAAUUUUGGAUUAGUGGUGUCAUAGGACGAUUGUUCACUGGGAAACGUUUGUAUUGUACACCAUGUAUUCCUGUACCAGCUCUGAGGAAUGAGGAUCACAUGGUUUAUGUUCAUGUGAGAGAUGCAAGCAUCAAAGAAAGUGAGAUCCUGGAGGGAUAUAAGGCUCCAAUCUCCGAAGAAGAAUUCCGAGUGUGGUGGGGCUGGGGAGGAUUUGAGAUCACAUUUAAAGAAAGCUCAACGAAGAAACCAAAGAUUCUUAAGGAUUUUUACUAUGUGAAGAAGGAGAAAGUGAUGUUCGAGUUAGAUACACGAACCUUCAGCGGAAAUAAAGUGUUGUUGCACUUCCUAUUGGAACAGUGGACAAGAAGGGAUCUCAUCGUCCCAAUGAUGCUAAGUGAUGAGGUUCCCACAGCAGCCAGUAAUUUCCCGCCAGUCAACAGUUCAUCAUCAUCAUCUAACAUCCCUCAUCCAGUUACAUUAGCAACAGCAGCUGAUUCCAGUAAAGCACCAGGGGAAGAGUGUGAAAAGGAUUUCGAUGACAUUCUAACAGAAAUUGCUAACCGGAUCAACGAAAGAACAGAAAUUGAUCGUCUUGGAGGUAAACUGGGCUUUGAACCGGAGGAGAGGCAACGUUACAUAGGGGUUAAUCAGAGGGAUGGAGAUUACAUGGGCACGCUGAAUAUGCUUCGUAAAUGGAGGAAAGGAACAACUAAAUCAAGAGCACGAGAACAGUUGAGGAAAGCCCUUAAAGAUGCUAAGCUUACUCAUCUGGCAGACAACUACCUGGGUGGUGUCAAUCUAACGUGAU